GUCGCCGUCGGACGUCCGUCGCAUGGCUUCCCCUCCAUUUUUCACCUCGCCGCUCUACCAUCAACCUCUAUUAUUUCACUGCCGUAUUUGUUUAAGGUGAGGUUUUUGAUGGGAAGGCUACGUUGUUGGCUGCAGUUCUACGGGAAUGGGAAUGCACACAACGUGUUUGCGAUAUUACCUAAGAGAAACGUUUUAGCCGGAGAAUCCCCUUUCGGGCGGGUAUCGGUCAGGUUCAUGACCAGCAGCAAGCGUGUUCAAGAUAGGAGCAGGGAAAAGAGAGUCCAAGAGCUCGAAGUAGCUACAGAGAAAUGGAAGAUAGCUUCCAAAGUGAUUUUCUUGAUGGAGGUGUUAAAGGGUGAGCAAGAUAUGAUAAUGACCGUCAGGUCGUUGGAGCAGUAUAGGAGGCAGAUCAAUUUGCCUAAACCGCAUAAGAUCAGUGAUUUCAUCAGAAAGUCUCCCAAGUUGUUUGAAUUGUAUAAAGAUCAGAGGGGAGUCUUGUGGUGUGGAUUGACAGAGCAAGGGGAAGACUUGUUGGAAGAGCAUGAAAAGUUACUUGAGGAGAAUGCAGACAAGGCUGCAGAACAUGUGACUAGGUGUUUGAUGAUGUCUGUUGAUAAGAAGCUUCCAUUGGAUAAGAUAGUUCAUUUCCGGAGGGAUUUCGGAUUGCCUCUUGAUUUUAGGAUAAACUGGGUGCACAAGUUUCCUCAGCAUUUUAAAGUUGGGAAGCUUGGAGAUGGAGAAGAGUAUCUUGAGCUUGUUUCAUGGAAUCCAGCUUGGGCUAUCACAGAGUUGGAGAAAAAGACUCUAGGUAUAACCGAGGAAUGCGAUCAUAAGCCAGGUAUGCUUUCACUUGCAUUCCCCAUGAAGUUUCCUCCGUCGUACAAGAAAAUGUACAGGUACAGAGGGAAGAUUGAACAUUUUCAGAAACGAUCUUACCUGUCUCCUUAUGCCGAUGCACAUGGACUCGAAGCUGGUUCAAAGGAAUUCGACAAGCGGGCAAUUGCUGUUAUGCACGAACUGCUUAGUUUUACACUAGAGAAGAGAUUGGUGACGGAUCACCUGACCCAUUUCAGGAGGGAGUUUGUGAUGCCGCAGAAGCUGAUGAGGAUUUUCUUGAAGCAUUGUGGUAUCUUCUAUGUCUCUGAGAGAGGGAAGAGAUUCAGCGUGUUCUUGACAGAAGGUUACGAAGGGCCAGAGCUGAUUGAGAAAUGUCCUUUGAUACUCUGGAAAGAGAAGUUACUGAAGUUUACCGGUUACAGAGGAAGGAAGAGAGAUAUUCCAACUUAUAAUGAUACUUUGGACAUGGAAGAGAGAGAAUUGCUGGAGAGUGGUUCAGGAGAUGAAGAUAUGAGUGUUGGAUUUGAGAAAGAUGAUGAUGAUGAUGUGGUAACAGAUGAUGAUGAUGAGAUGGACAUUGGUGAAGUGAAUGAUGCAUAUGAAGAGAAUAGCAAAGUUUAGACAAAAGUUCAAGGGGCCUAAUAAAGCUGUAACAUGUUGUGAAAACUCUUUAUGAGAGAAUUGAAAUAACCAGUAAGAGAAAAUGAAGUUAAUCAAAACGUUUAAAAUUU